CUUUCCUGACCUGUCAUGACCGAGGACAGCGAACUGCUGUAACAAAAUAAACUGGAAGUGAAUCCUUCGAUCGGUGACUCACGUUGAUAUUCUGUGGCGGAAUCUGUCCCAUGUGAACAGACAUGCAGGAGCACAGCAUGCCUCCUGGGUAUAUGGCUCCAGAAAUGAACCUGGAAAUAAAUAACAGCAUGGAAAAUGUUUUGUUUCUUGCACCUGCAUUUGGGCUCAGCUUCUUCCAACCUGACAACAGGAGGAUGUGAUACGUCGGCUGAGCAGCGCCUCUUCUUCAGGGCAGACUGGAAGCUUCAGUGACUCGCUAUCAGAGUCCAGGGGAGGAAAAUAUCCCAGGAUCCAUGUCCACAUGGCUCCACUCUUGACCUAAUGUGCAGUGUCGUCACAUGAUCAAAACCCACAUUCACGCUUGCACCCUACAGGCGGACUCCCCACCCUCCGCCUCCCUCCUCUGCCUGUCGGGCCGUCCCUUCUCUCUGCACCACAGUGGGAUGAUUCUGCAUGCAGCUUCCACUUGCGCUCCGUUUUUUGUUUUUUGUUUUAACCCAGGAAAUGAUGGAAGCCGGUCUACUGGGAGCUGUGUAGAUACAGAGGAUUUGUUUUAUUAAUGAAAGGGAGAACAUGGACGGGAAGUUGCUGAGGUGCUUUUUGAAUGUUUGCAGUGGAAUGGGCCUCAAACACCUUCUGUGUCUGCUGCUCUGUGCGGCAGCACUGACAGUUCCUGGAGUGUUUGGUAAAGAUGGGAACAAUGAGGCGUCCAGUUGGACCAGGCAGAGCCUCCCGGUGCUGCUGGACACACACACGCAGCUUUUAAGCACCCCCUUAUUCAGAGGGCAGGAGGAGGAUGAGGAGACAGGAAGGGCGAAGACACUCUGUGGGAUAGAGUGUCACGGCAGCCUGCCCCCUGUAGACCAGGCUGAGCAAGAGAGGAUUCUGGGAUACGAGACAAUGUAUGAGAACGGCACGCGCACACACACAGAUAUCGGUUUGCAAGGGUUUAAUGAGACGUCUGCUGGAAAGCCAGCCCACUCGCAAACCCACAUCCGAAGGAAACGCCAGGUUUACGGGGCAGACGGACGCUUUGUGAUCUCUGAUUCACAUUUUACCACCAACUACCCGUUCUCCACUGCGGUUCGCCUCUCCACCGGCUGCUCUGGAGUCCUAGUAUCCCCAAAACAUGUGCUGACAGCCGCACACUGCAUCCAUGACGGCAGCGACUACCUGGAGAGUGCCAGAGGGCUCAAAGUAGGAGUGCUGCAGCUCAAAACCAAAAAAAGAAGAGGCGGAAGAAGGAGAGGAGGGCGACGGAGGGGUGGAAGGACAGGUGAGGAGAAAGAAUGGGAGCAGAUAAUGGAGGAGGGCGAGGAGCAGAAUAUUAUAGAUGGAGAUGUAGUGAGAGGUGGACGUAGGGGUAGGGGACGCAGAGGAAGAAGGGUGAAAGGUCAUGUGGUUGCUGAGGAUGGAAAUAUAGGUGAGUUUGAAAAGGGCGGGGGAAAACGAAAAGGCCUCGGCCGCGCUCGACGCAGUGUUGAACCCAGCAAGCAGCCCGUCUUCCGAUGGACCCGAGUCAAACAAACCCAAAUCCCUCAAGGUUGGAUCCACACAGACAGCUCCAAAAACUCAGUUUCCUCCGACUACGAUUACACCCUUCUGGAGCUGAAACGACCAGUCAAACAAAAGUACAUGAGGCUCGGAGUGGCUCCCUCCGCCGCUCCCCUGGCACGGAUCCACUUCUCAGGCUAUGACACCGACAAAAGCCUGCUGGACGGGCGCGGGGACGAGAAGGUGGUUUAUCGCUUUUGCUCCGUGGCAAAGGAGUCUGACAAUUUGAUGUACCAGCAGUGCGACGCACAGCCCGGCGCGACGGGCGCUGGUGUCUACGUUCGUCUGAGAGAGGAAGCGGGGGACACGGGCGGGAAGGAGAAGUGGCAGAGGAGGGUGAUCGGGGUGUUCUCAGGCCACAAGUGGGUGGAGGUGGACGGAGGUCAGCUGAGGGACUUUAAUGUGGCCGUGAGGAUCACUCCUCCCAAAUAUGCCCAGAUCUGUCACUGGAUCCACGGAGAUCCAAGUGUCUGUGAAGACGUCUGAACUUACAGAGCAAUGGAUCUACAAGAGAAACAUUUGUUGUCACUUUGUACAAGACUCAAAGAUCAGGGGUGGCAUGAAUAAAACUUGGCUUACGUGCUUUGCCCAAGUGCUGACUGCAGUGAAUUCUACUUGUGGUACAAUUCAGGCGACAAUCAUGCCCUCCCUCCCGAACCGUCCUUCCUCAAGCACUGAAACAGCCAAUAGAGAGGACCCCGAGCAAAACUUCAUGCACACCUCGUCUCAUUCAAGCCCAUCCAUCAUUCAAUUUGACAAACAUUAUAUAUGCCUCAGUAUAUUGCAAUGAACAAGAGGAACGCUUAUAAAAUGUGUUGCCUGUACACUUAUACUUAAAGUAUCAAAAGGAUAUGAGUCAUAAAUGUUGACCUGAAAAUAAAUAAUUUCCUGAAAACAGAA